AUGUCUGACCAGCGUGAACCUCCCCUCUGGACCGCUCCACCCCGACCGCCACCACUUCCGCCGCCACCACUUCCACUGCUGCCACCACCACCACCAGCCAUCACUCCCACUGCUACCACCACCGCCGCCACCAACGCCUCCACCCCCACCACCACUCCCACCACCACUACCGCCACCACCACCACCAUCUCCACUACCUCCACCACCGCCGCCACUGUCGCCACCCCCACCACCCUUGCCUCCCUUGCCCUUGCCGCUGCAGCACUUCCCACUAGGGGCAGCCCCGACGUCUUCAGCACCAAGGAAGUCAACAGCAGCAGCAGAAGCGACAGAGGGGGCAAGGGGGGAGGGGGAACACCCCUCAAAGAGGGGAGUGCGAGGAGUGCCACGAGAAGCACCUACAGCAACUAUGCUGGUCUCAGCUGCAAGGAGGUGCUUCUCGAGCAGGUCGACAGUGAGGUCUGUGGGGUCAAGGGCGAGAAAGUGGUCCCUGACUGCGCGAAGAGAGUCAGGGAGGCGGGUGACGAUGAAGUAGAGAGUGAUGUACAUCGAGGGCAGGUUCUUGUGUAG